UUUUGCUCCUGGAAUGAUCUUUGCCCUAGCCAGAAUAUAGAGGAAGGCUGCAUCCAAGACAAGCUUUCUCAGGAACAGGACACAAAUGAGUGGUGCUAGACCAGCAGAGGAAACGAGGAGGCUGUUUUGACUGCACAGGCUCAGGCAGGACCACAUUGCUCGCUUACACUUCUCACUCCCCAGCAUGUUGGAAGAAGAUAAGGAUGAGACAUGUUGGAAUAACCUGGAGAACUUCCGGGUGAAGCUGAUCUCUGUGAUAGAUCCUUCCCGCAUAACACCUUAUCUUCGGCAAUGCAAAGUCAUCAGCCAUGAUGAUGAGGAGCAAGUUCUUAACGACCCCAGCCUGGUCAUGCGCAAGCGGAAGGCAGGUGUUCUUCUGGACAUUCUGCAGCGAACGGGACACAAGGGCUUUGAGGCGUUUCUGGAGAGUCUUGAGCUUUACUAUCCACAACUGUAUAAGAAAGUAACUGGCAAGGAACCCAGCAGGGUGUUCUCUAUGAUUAUAGACACCGCUGGGGAAUCAGGCCUGAGCCAGCUCCUCAUGAAUGAGAUCAUGAAGCUGCAGAGCACGGUGCAGGAGGAGCGGCGGAAGGCGCAGGAGCUCAGCCUGUGGCUGCACACCAAGGAGGACACCAUCAGAGAGCUGUGGGUGAGGGACAGCCUGCUCCGCAAGCACCAGGAGCGGGCACAGAAGAUGAAGGAGGAGAGGGACAGCCUGAGCAAGGAGCUGCGGAAGUGCAAGGACGAGAACUACAGCCUGGCAAUGAGCUAUGCCAGGCAGAGCGAGGAGAAGAGCGCUGCCCUUAUGAAGAACCGGGACCUGAUGCUAGAGAUUGACCACUUGAAGCACAGCCUCAUGAAGGCUGAGGAUGACUGCCAACUGGAGCGUAAGCACACGAUGAAACUGAAGCAUGCCAUAGAGCAGCGUCCAAGCCAUGAGGUGAUGUGGGAGAUCCAGCAGGAGAAGGAAUUGCUCUUGGCCAAGAAUCAGGAGCUGGAGAACACUCUGCAGGAGGUUGCCAGGGAACAAAAUUUGGAGAAGAGCCUCUCCAAGGAGGCUCUGGAGAAUGACUGUAGCCAGAUCCUAGAACACCAGGAGCUGUUGAACACCAUCUACAGCCUUCGCAAGGAGCUGCGGCGAGCUGAGGUGCUCCAAGACAAAUAUGCAGAGGAAAAGGAGAUGCUUGAACUCCAGUGCACAUCCCUGAGGAAGGACUCCCAGAUGUAUAAAAAAAGGAUUGAAGCUGUCUUGAAGCAGAUGGAGGAAGUGGCUUCAGAAAGAGACCAGGCACUCCUGAGCAGAGAACAGUUCUAUGCGCAGUACUCCAAGAACCUGGUGGAGAGGGACACGUACCGCAAGCAGAUCCGGGAGCUGGGGGAGCGCUGUGAUGAAAUGCAGCUGCAGCUCUUCCAAAAGGAGACCCAGUUACUGGCCACUGAAGCCAAGCUGAAAAGGCUGCAGCUGGAGCUACCCGCACCGACCUCUGACCUGGAUGAUGCUUCCCCCAGAGAUUCCCAGGAACUUACUCUUCAUGGUCACCUAGAUGAAGACACACAACCAACUAAAAGAAAAUCACUUGGUACCUGGUGCCUUUGAGAAACAGCUCCUGGCUGCCUUCCCUCCCCCAGUCCUGUUGCAUCUGUGGCAGAGCUGAGAACAGAACAAACCUCCUUCCACUUCUGCUGGACCAUGUGGCAUUCUCCAGGAAUUUUUCCCUCUCCUCUUCCCUUUUGUGUUGCAGGCUGUUUUCACAGAAGCAGAACCAUGUAGUUAAUGCUGUCACUGGCUCUGCUUCUGUGGCAUCCCCAGUGGAAAUGAUUCAGCAGUGUAGAAAGGAGUUAAUAGGCUCCUCUAAGAACUUGAAAAUCUCUUUCAAAACAUGUUGAGCAAGGAAAGAAAGUGGCACAGUAAAAGCAGCUUUCUGUUUUGCUCUCUUGGGAGACCUAAAUGAUCCUUUCAUUCAUUGAGAUGGGAGAUGUUUUGCAAAAGCCAAAUAACAGAUCCAGAAAGCUUUUCACUGUUCUAUCUCACUCUGUUCAAAAUCAUGGAUCAGGAUACCUGAUCAUUCCAUCAGGCGUUUCACUAGGUUGCGGUCUGAUGUGGAGUGCCUUGGUACACACAGCUGAGUUGUUGGGGAACAGGGGCAAGUUAUGGGUAAAAUAAUGAUGAACAUGUUUUCUUGUGGUGGUGUCUAAUACGAUUAUUUUGUAGUGAUGCUAAGUAGAGAUGCUGCUUUGCAAAGGUUCAUUUUGCUCCUGCAUACACAGAAACCAGAAAGCUGCUGACCCUUUCUGAACCUGGUGGGGAACUCCAUCAUCCUGAGCAAGACUGAGGGUUCAAGUGAAAUGAGAAGUGUCUGAACCCUGACGUUUUGCAGCUUGGUUUCAGUUCUGUGUUACAGCAUUACAACUAUUGCUGUUUGAUGAACUGGUGGAGGGAGAAGUUGCUUCAUAAUGGCAACUGUGACUAAACCUGUGAUUUUCCAUCCCUUAGAAGGUUGCCCUGAAGGACAAACCCAGCAAUUCAGCACUCAAGAGAGCAGCCUUCCUCCAAAGUCACCAAGUGUAAGAGAACCUCUGUGGGCUCUUCUUUACUCCAGCUGGGGUUUGUGA